UCAUGCUUGGCCAAACCUGUAUACAUGUGCUGACGAAUGUUACAAUGGAACAAUACACUAUGGGCGUAUCCAUUCCACAUGUUUUCUUUUUCUCACGGUGAUAGCGGUUUUUUCUUUAAAGAGUACAGUAAAAGAUAUAAAUACUUGUCCCUGAACCGUUAUUCUCAGUUUGUUAACGAACUCGCAUGUGUAUAUAUUAUAUCUUCUAGUAUUGACUUAUCUACUUUAAAUUUUGUUUAAUUUCAAGCUCUUGUCACACGGGCAGAAAUAUGCAGCUGUUGCUGUUUGUAGUCACUGCAGUUUUGUCGUUCAACGUACAGAAUACAGCUGCCAAUUUUAAGCGUGUCUGCUACCUGUCAAGUUGGGCAAGAUAUCGCCCUCAACCGCAUGCGUUCAACCCUGAAAACUAUGGCGCCCAUCUGUGUACACACCUUAUAUGGGCAUUCGCUGACUUGGACGACUCAGCCACACACUUAGUAGCAGGUGACCCGGGGGAUGAUCCAAGCAUGUACCACCGUCUGCGCGCUCUGAAGGUAGACAACCCACACUUGAAAAUCCUCUUGUCUCUCGGAGGAUGGGAUAUGGGGACCAAGAAGUUCACCAAGCUCGUUUCGUCUGGGGACAAAAUGAAAGCCUUUGCCACCAACGCGAUUAAGUAUCUCCAUGACAACGGCUUCGACGGCCUUGACAUUGACUGGGAGUAUCCAGCUGGUAGAGGUAGUCCUGCUGGUGAUAAGCAACGAUUCACGGAAUUGUUGCGUGUUGUGAAACACGCUUUCCACAACGACCACACUGUCCAUGGAAGGAGACAUCUAAUGUUGACGGCUGCCGUGUCGGCAGACCCGGGCAGCAUCGACACCUAUUAUGAACCGUCCAAAAUUAGCCAAUACGUGGAUUUCCUAAACGUGAUGACGUACGACUUCCACGGCGAAUGGGAACAUAACACCGGCCACCACAGCGCCCUACAGGGGCCUGACAGUGACCAGUUAACCGUUAAAAAGUCUGCAACAGCCUGGGCACAUCAUGGCGUACCUAAGUCAAAGAUCAUGAUUGGUCUUCCCUUUUAUGGAAAAUCGUUUACUCUCAAAGACAGCAGCCACUCCGGUCUUGGGUCUGCUGUGACUGGUGCCGGAAAGGCUGGUCAGGUUACCAAAGAAGAAGGUACCCUGGCAUAUUUUGAGGUGUGCAAACUGCUACAACAAGGCGCGGUGGGACACAGGCUAGUUGACCAGCACGUGCCAUACCUCGUUGACGGCGACCGCUGGGUGGGGUACGAUGACGAGAAAAGUAUUGAAGAGAAGGUCCAGUAUGUGGUAAACGAAGGUUACGGAGGGAUUUUCGUCUGGGCCUUAGAUCUUGACGACUUCUCUGGUGUUUGUGGAAAACGGUUUCCACUGAUGAAUAAAAUUAAGGAUACAUUUGCUCACUUGAUCGGAUAAUGCGCCUUUAGUGUGCCGCAUGUCUUGUAAUGGAAUAAAAUAAUACUAAAGAA